CUCAACGGACUGGGGGUGAGGGUUAUAUAUUAUUUUUAUAAUUCCCUCCCCUCCCCCGGUGUCGUACACAGUGUCUAUACAUGAAUUAAUAUGUCUUUUUUCUUCUUCUUUUUUCCAUGUAGCAAGUUUUUCGAGUUCCAAGACUGCGUUGUGCCCGACUACAGGCGGUGUUCUGCCGCCAGUUUGAAGCCGUACACCAACACGCUGAAUAUCUACACCUUCGUCUGUCUGACCGGAUAUCGAGACAUCCUGAAACACGAGGCCUGUUGGAAACAGCCGGUCGUCAAGACACAGUUCAAGCUAUGUGCAGAACAGCAACAGAACAAUUCCCAAUUCCGGAGUCAGGAUAUCUGCAGUAUCAUCGAACACUUUGAGGAUUGUAUGAUUUCUGUCGUGAACGGCGUCUGUGAUGUGGGUGCUGUCAACGUUCUUCAUUCGUACUUUGACCGAAUAGGAAUGGAGCCAUGCAGCAACCCGACAAGUACUGAGUCUACUCAACCAACGUCCACGACGACAACGUCGACCACAACAACAACUACUGUCACACCAGAAACGACUGGUUCCAUCCAUUGCUACUCUUGUAACAGUGGCUACUACCCGAGUUACCGGAACGCCCAGUGUCCGGUCGAUGGAGAACUCCAAACGUCAGCAGUGGCUAAAGUGAAAUGUGAUGGACCAUGCGUUUCCAAAACAAACAAGUGGAACAAGGGAGACAUAUUCCGCGAGUGUUCGAGCGCUUACUGGCAACCUGAACCGUUUCCCCGAUCUGGCUGCCACAAGAUACGAGGAGAAGUGUACUGCUUCUGCGACACCGACCUCUGUAACACUCAGUCCAUGGAGGACUUUGUCGAGCGUCAUCACUAGACAUGACGUCACAUCAGUGACAUAAGAAUUCCGCCCGAUCGUGCAAUCAUGUUGAAGAUGAAAUCCAUGUUUUAAUCGAGUGUGCAGCGUGUACACCGACUUUUAAACUUUUAAUUUAGCCUCUUUAGCAUUAUUUUUUCAUCAACGAAUAUGGGGUUUAAAAUAACGUUGUUUUUGUUUUGGGUUGGGGGUUUU